UAAGCCUGUAAAAAUUCGCUAAUUUGCCAUUUUUUUUCUAUUGCAAUUCCUUAAAAUCAUUAUUAAUCGGAAACGUUCUUUGUUGCAGCUUUACCUCUAGGAAUGUUUCAAGAUCCAGUUUUCAACAAUGAUAAACCAAACUACUUGAACUUUGGAGCUCUCGGUUCGUUGAUGGGUCGUGAAUUAAUAUAUGCAUUCAUUGAUAAAGCAAAUUAACAUGAAAAAGAUACAAGAUGAUGUUGUAGCUGUCAGUGGAGGUUUGAGAGCAGCUUAUUGGGCCUAUAGAGCAUGGGUAGCGGAACACCAAACUGAGUUAAAGCCCUUGGCACUGAAUCAUUAUACGCAGAAUCAGCUUUUCUGGAUAAGUGCAGCGAACGUACAAUGUGAGAAAGCAAAUCAAGGAUAUAUGCAAGAAAGUAUUCGCGCAGGGACAGUUAUCUCACAGAAGUUCAGGUUGCCUUAUCAAUUGCUGUAAAGGACUAGAAGGCCAGAAAGCUGUCGAGUGGUGAAAAAACCUGGAAGUAAAGAUGUUAAACACAAGGCAGUGCCCAAAGUGAUACCAGCCCUUGAGUUAUAGGAUCAAUGUCCAACUUACCAGAAUUUGUUCAAGAUUUUCGCUGUGCUUUAAAUACAAGAAUGAAUAGAAGAAAUAAGUGCCAAGUCUGGUAGCAAAGCCGUCUAAGCAAUUCAGAUUUCAAAUAAAGUGCGAAUAGAAUAUUAGUAUUAUUCUUUUCUUAUUUUAAUGGGUGUGGGUUUUGGUUUAGGUGAAUAUGUAAAUUUAAGCAGA